AUGGCCGCGCUGCCGCUGCCCGCGCGGGGGCGGCGGGGGGCGCUGCGCGCGCACGAGCCGGAGCCGGGGGAGCCGGAGCGCAAGCGAGCAUGCAAGCCAUUACAAACCAUUCCAAAUGAGGCUGAUGCUCGCCUCAUUGAUUGUGCCAUGGAGCCGGAUUCUAAACAGAAAAUCUCCACUGACUAUGGUCCUUGGGCUACAAAGACAAAGCAAAAUUCAAUGAUUUUUGAAAACCAUGGAAGCAGAGGUACUGCCCAGCCUUGCCCAAGAUGUAUUGCUGGAGAAUCUGGACACUUCAAUCAUAUCCUGGGCUUCUAGAAAUUGAGAGACGGCAGAUCAGCAGGACUGCUUUUCUUUUUAAAUUCUAAAGAGGCACCUGUGAACCCUGUACAGCUGGAUACCUGUACAUUCACUCACGGCGUGGAUUUGUGUGUGGUAUUCAGCAUAUAGCAGUCUGCUGUAUGUGUUACUCUUUCGGUGCACAAUUACAGAUACAAUUGUUUUUACACUUGAAAAAAUGCUUCUGCUUUUAAGGUAGCUCAGUAUAUGUUAAAAGAAAAGUUGAUUUAACGUUUUAGAAUAAUUAAGUUGAUGUGGCCUUUGGCCCAGUCUUCACCUGGGACUGGGCCAAAGGUCAUGUUGACACAAGAGAUUUUCCUGUCUCUCUUGGGUACUUUCUCUGAUACUCUUGGAAAGCGGUCCUUGCAUUUACAUGGGUACAGGGCCUG